AUGAGAACAGCCCCCACAGCAGCGUUAGAAGUUAUCACAGAUCUACCACCACUCCAUCUCCUACUAAAGAAAGAAGCCAUGGUCAACGGCUACAGGCUCAUCGCAGAAGAUAACUCUAAUUCCAAGAUAAUCCACUCUGAUAUUCUCACUGAAUUAAAUAGGGAAGAAUUACUUAAAAUAUCUCUAGUAGACAAUUGUCUCCCAAGAUAUUACUUCACCCAAAACUAUAAGGUCACAUUCCCCUCACGACAUGAAUGGGAACAGAACAGACCCAUCUUCAAUAGCGAGUCUCAUGUAUGGUACACAGAUGGCUCCAAAACAAAUGAAGGUGUUGGGGCCGGAGUAUUCGGAAUGAACACCAAAACUUAUCUGCACCAGAGCAUGGACAGCUUCAAUUCCGUAUUCCAAGCAGAGAUAUUCGCAAUUGAACUCUGCCUCAGAGAAAACUUAAACAGAGCUGUAAUAAACAAAAAAAUUUAUAUUCUCUCUGACAGCAAGGCCGCACUCCAAGCUCUUAGGAGCAAUGAAGUCACCUCAAAGCUGGUAUGGGACUGUAUACAACUUCUACACCAGCUUGCCAGUACAAACAGAGUUCAACUCAUUCGGAUACCUGGUCACAGCGGUCACGUUGGGAAUGAAAUAGCAGACACACUAGCCAGAAAAGGUUCCGCAUCUACAUUCAUGAUGCCAAGACCAUUCUGUGGUAUACCAACAAGCACUGCAAAACAUUACAUUAAUAAAUGGCUAAGAGAUAUGGCUAAUCAUUACUGGACGCAUACGGAAGGUAACAGACAAGCCAAAAAAUUUAUACCAAACAUCUCCCACGCCAGAACGAAACAACUCCUCACACUCAACAGGAGUCAGAUUCGCAUAACCACAGGCUUCCUUACUGGACACUGCUCAGUAAAAAAACAUCUCAAGACCAUGGGCAUUACACAAGACGAUACCUGCAGAAUGUGUAACGAAGACGAAGAAACAGCAGAACACAUAUUGUGUCACUUUAGUCAUUCUACGACAAACGGACAAGUAGAACGUACUCAUAGUACAUUAAUCGAAAUAACACGCUGUAUUAAAGCAGAAUACAACAUAAUAGAUGAUAAGCAGGCAGUGCUAGAAGCAGCACAUAAAUAUAACGAAACGGUUCACUCUGUAACAGGCCUAAAACCCCAGGAAGUGUUAUUCAACAAGAAAAAAGAAAUCAAAAUCAACAACAAUAUACCGAUGCAACAUAUAAUCAAAUCAACGGCUCCACAACAAGAGAUGACAUUAGAAAAAGGACUUGCCUUGCUUCAGGCGAUUCAUUUUGAGCGAUGGGGGGAGUUAUAA